UUACGACGGAACAAACAUGUUUUGAAAAAGUUCCAAGAUAUUCCCGCUUUUGCAACUGGCAGAGUGUAAAGUCACCAAUGCUACUAUCCUGCGCAAAGCGAAGAGAAGAGUGAACGCGACCUACACUACACCGUAGCUUCAAUGAAUAUCAACUCGUUUUCCUCACUGCAUCCACCAUAGCACUAAAGCGUUUCAGGAAUCGGACCAAACUGAUCAGAAUUCCCUCCCGAGUUCUCUGUUUCAGAAACUGGUUUCUUUGUAAAACAAAUUGCCCACAACAUUUUCUAAUUAAACUGAAUCCUUGACGCUUCAACACAGCUGUAGCAUCUUCUUUUGACGAAAAGCCAUUUUGGAACAGUAGAGGCUCAAAUUUUGUUGGCUGGUAGAAUGACUUCAUCUGCUAUUGUAGGAGGCUUGCAAGAACCAGCAAACCCAGCUGAUUCCAAGACCAAUUUGAACAUGUCCCUGCAAAUUUCCUCAUCCCGGAAGGGACUGCUCACUGAAGAAAAAGUAGAAGAAACCAUUCCAGUGACAAAAUUCAAUGGAAUCGGAAAAAUCUGCAGAGAGUGGAUUAACAACCCUAUGAACAUAGCCCUGGUGUUAUGGCUAACUUGUGUGGCAAUCUCAGGAGGAAUUCUGUUUCUUGUAAUCACAGGAAUGUUAGACAAUGUCCUAACCAAGAAGUCCCAAAGAGACUUGUGGUUUGAGGUCAACAAUCAAAUCCUUAAUGCUCUGUUCACUCUCAUGUGCCUAUACCAGCAUCCAAAGAGGUUCCACCACCUGUUUCUUCUUUGUAGAUGGAAACCAAAAGACAUUUCUAUCCUCAGAAAAGCAUAUUGCAAGAAUGGCACUUACAAGCCCAAUGAAAGGGCCCACUUGAUGGCGGUUGUGUUGUUGCUUCAUGUGAAUUGCUUUGCUCAGUAUGCUUUAUGUGGCCUUAACUUGGGUUAUAAAAGAUCAGAAAGACCUAAUGUAGGUGUUGCUAUUUGCCUCUCCACUGCCAUUGCUGCUCCAGCAAUAGCAGGCGUUUAUGCCAUUUUUGGCCCUCUGGGGAAGGAGCGUGAAGAAGCUCAGAACAAUAACACCACCAACAAUGGCGCUAGUAGCUUAUCAGAGAAAAGCUUGUCAUCUAUACCAAGAAAUGAGGGGACUGGUGGGUGUGUCCACCCUACACUGGCUUCACUGCCUCAUGAAGACAAAGCUACUCAGUUCACGACAAUGGCCACUUAUCCAAUGUGGAGUGGUCCUAGGUGCAAGAUCUGACACGGUGGAUCAAAAGAUUUGGAGGUUUCCGCGAACAAAUUAUUGUACUGUGGAAGCUCCCAUUCUUUAGUACGCAUAUUGUUGUGCAGAUUAAUCCAUAACGAUGUAUUAAUUAUGUUGAGGUGUCACCUAUGGAUUCAAAACUAUGCAUUUCCUGCAGCAAUAUCUUGUUGAUUUCUUCUCUUCACUA